UCGCACGUACUGCUAAAAAUGGCUAAGCUUGUGGAUUUUGCGGAGGUGAAGCUUAGUGAGGUAGGAAUUGCUGGAUCCGGAGGAGCGGUGCGCAAAGCCACCUUUCAGGAUCAGGAAAUUGCAGUAAAGAUAUUUGAUUUCCUAGAAGAAACGAUUAAAAAGAAUGCAGAGCGGGAAAUCACACAUUUGUCGGAAAUCGACCACGAAAACGUUAUCAGGGUGCUCGGCAGGGCCAGCGAUGGAAAGAAGAACUACUUGUUGAUGGAGUAUCUAAAGGACGGGUCCCUCCACGAGUUCCUCUACGGCACAAACAAGUGGGAGUACACCGUGGAGCAGGCGGUGCGCUGGGCACUCCAAUGCGCCAAGGCCUUAGCAUACUUGCAUUCGUUGGAGCGACCUAUUGUUCACCGCGACAUUAAGCCGCAAAACAUGCUUUUGCAUAAUCAACGCGAAGACCUAAAACUUUGUGACUUUGGCCUGGCUACGGAUAUGUCCAAUAAUAAGUCCGAUAUGCGUGGAACAUUGCGGUAUAUGGCUCCAGAGGCAAUCAAGGAAUUAAAGUAUACGGCAAAGUGUGAUGUGUACAGCUUUGGAAUAGUGCUGUGGGAGCUAAUGACUCGUAAAUUGCCCUAUAGUCACUUGAAAAGCCCCAAUAACCAGUUCGAAAUCAUGAAAGCUAUCACUUCAGGCGUAAAGCUUCCAAUGGAUGUUGUGAGAUCCGAUUGCCCAGAGGGCAUCAAGCAAUUAAUACAAUGUUGCCUGGAUAUAAACCCCGAAAAACGCCCCUCUACGAAGGAGAUCGAAAAGUACCUUGGCGAACUGUAUGAAUCCGGCACAGACGAGGACUUUAUCCAGCCUUUGGAUGAGGAUACCGUCGCUGUUGUGACCUACCACGUGGAUUCGUCCGGCAGCAGGAUAAUGCGUGUGGAUUUCUGGCGACGUCAGUUGCGCCCGAUCUGCAUGUCCUUUCCGAUUGUGAAACGGGAGGCAGAGAGAUUGGGAAAGGCCGUUGGACGAGCAGCCGAGGAUACGGGCAGAGAGACAGCCAGGGCGGCCCAGGAUGCAGAGCGGGAAGUUCGGCGGGCUGAGAAGGACGCGGAGCGUGAAACCUCGAGGGCUGCGCACGAUGGAGAGCGGGAGACGCGCAGAGCGACUCAGGAUAUGGGUCGCGAAACUGUACGGGCGGUCAAGAAAAUAGGAAAGAAACUGCGCCUUUAACCAGAAAUAUGAUUAUUAAUUCGUUAUGCUAAUGUGCGGGGAAUGAUUAAUAAAGCCGACUGCAUGCAGAGAGUCCUCUCGGCAGCAGCAACC